AUGAGUGUGAAUCAGAAGUUGACAAAAGAUGAGCAUGGAAAAAAUGUAGACCCAAGUCUCUAUAGAAACAUGAUUGGAAGUUUGCUCUAUCUCACAUCUAGCAGGCCAGCCAUCUCUUUCAGUGUUGGAAUUUGUGCAAGAUAUCAAGCAACACCAAAGGAAUCACAUUCAAAAGCUGUUAAACGUGUCAUCAUAUAUGUUCAUGGUACUGCAGAAUAUGGAAUUUGGUACUCAAAAGACUCCAACUCACAUCUUGCAGAUUAUAGUGAUGCAGAUUGGGCAAGAAAUGUUGAUGAUAGAAAAAGCACCUCAGGAGGAUGUUUCUAUCCUGGUAACAACUUGGUCAUAUGGUAUAGAAAGAAGCAAAGUUCUAUUUUCCUCUCCACUGCCGAGGUUGAAUACAUAGCAGCAGGAAGUUGUUGCACACAAUUGUUAUGGAUGAAGUAA